AUGGUGCAGCAGGACCAGCAUUUUAGUUCCAAAUGGGUUGCACCUGCUGCUGGUCUGUAUAAAUUGAAUACAGAUGUAGCAUUUCAUGAGCAGCUGCUGGGUAUAGGAGGCAUUGUGAGAGAUGCGGAGGGGGAUGUCCUGGUCGCAUUCUGUUCAACUGAGAAGGGGUGUGUGAGUGUGGAUGUUGGUGAAGCAAUAACAAUGAGAGGAAGUUUGAGGAUUGCUAUGGAAGCUGGAUUCCAGAAGUUUAUUCUCGAGAUCGAUAAUCUGAAGCUUUUUUAUCAUAUGAAGAAGGGAAUUACUUCUCCUUGUGCGUUUGGUGGAGUGGUCAGGGACAUACUGCAGCUUGCUCGUGGCUGCCAGAGUGUGUCUUACCCUUUUGUUCGUAGGACAGAUAACUCCGUUGCUCAUAACUUAGCACAGUUAAGUUUUAAUUUUAGUGAGUAUCGAGUGUGGCUCGAGGUGUGUCCCUCUGAGAUUCAGGGAAUAGUAUGUAAUGAUCUUGAUUCCAGUUGA